UAGCACGACAGGGUUUUCUUCCGGGUUGCCUGGCAAACUUGCAUGUGGUUGUAGCGUCUACGCUGAUUUAAGCGCAUUUCAUAAAGUAGUUAUUUUUCUUCAGUAAAUAUGAGUUCUCAGAGAGGUAACGUGUCUCGCUCACGACCUCAAAAGCAUCAAAACGCUACGGUGUUUAGAAAUAACAAAUACGGUGCAACUGUACAAUUAAAGAAAGCAAAUGCUAAGGUCCAUGAAGGUGUUUGUCAGCGCUGCAAAGAUGUAUUGGAGUGGAAAAUAAAAUUUAAUAAAUACAAAGCACUUGAUCAGUCAAAAAAAUGUGUUAAAUGCCUCCAGAAGACUGUGAGAGAUGCCUAUUACAUUAUGUGUAAAGCAUGUGCUCUCAAACUGGAUCUCUGUGCUAAAUGUGGAAAAAAAGAAGAAAUUGUGAUUCCUCUGAACACUGAACCAAAGGUAGGAGAGGAAUGUUCUGAGGAAUCUGGUCACAAAGGGAGCCACAGAAAAAGAAAAGAUGAUUGUGAAGAGGACUUUGAUUUCGACAGUGAGCCUGAUGAUUCUGACAGUGAUUUGGAAGAGCAGGAAGAACGACUAUCAGAAACAGGGAAUGGAGAUCUCCCUGACAUCUCUUCAGUUAAAAUACUGAACCCUACAAAGCAGUAACAGAGAUGAUGAGAGUACUGUGCUUUUUUACAGUAUACACUUUAUGUAACUAAAAUGCAAAGUGAGUGGAAUGUUAUCCAGAAAAUGAAUGUCUGUAUUGCACACAUUUGAAGGAGGAAGUACACAUCAGCUCAAUCCAUUCAAUAGGUAAAGUUCUGUAAAGUAUGUACUGUAUAGAACAUUGCUGAAACUAUUGCAAAUAAAUGUUUAGACUUAUGAUA